CCUUCUCUAGCCAGUCCAUGUAUUGACCUCUCUGUCUCCCUCCCUUCUCUAGCCAGUCCAUGUAUUGACCUCUCUGUCUCCCUCCCUUCUCUAGCCAGUCCAUGUAUUGACCUCUCUGUCUCCCUCCCUCUCUCCGUUCUUCCCUCCCUUCUCUAGUCAUCGGCGGUUUUACAUUUCCAGCAGGCAGCGGAGAUGUUAUUUUCGUCCCCGGUGCAGGCUGCUCCAUGCCGGGGCAAGCUGGGCUUUAAGUGGGCGGUGCGCAGCGUCAUCCUGAUGACUCGCUUCUGCCGCUACUUCAUGUCCCGUUCCAACUAUCGCCAAUUCAUGGAGUUCAACUUCCGGGAGACCAUCACCAACCAGCCGGCCGGUGGAACGGGUAAAAGUCUGGUGUUUGACCUGAACCACUUCAAAGUGAAAGAGGACCGGAUCCCUGUCCUGCUGGUGGAGAUUAUGCGGAAGUGCCCGGAGGAGCGUUCUGAGUCGGAGGUGUUGCUGGUUCACAACAUGCUGAGCUCUGUGAGCAUGUUCCGUCGCUACAGUGGAACCUUGCAACUCCUUCUGGCCAGGGUGGUUCGCUAUCAGAGGUCACUCCAGCUAGUGUCCUCCUGGUCAUACUCUCUCAUUGAACAGAUGGCUGACCAUUCCAAGGCCGAGCAAUUUCGAUACGGCCACGUGGUCGUCAAGGACACCAACGACAUGGGCAACAUCAUUUUCAUUGGCAAGGGCCAAUGUGACGUGUUGAGAGUGGUGGACCUUACCUCCUGCAGUACCUACCAACGCCUCCUAAAACAGUAUGCAGACUCAGUAAGCAGAGGUACAUGUUUGCCAACACAUGGAUUCAAAGGCGAGCUGACAAACCAACCAGGAAGUGUCAUAAAACACAAAGUCCUCCUCAAUAAUCCUCCACGUCCUCCCAGAGGACUUCCUGCAGACCUGCCCACCAGCGCCUGUUUCCUGAUCGACACCCUUCAUCAGAGCGGCACAUUUGGUCUGAACCAGUACCUGAUGCCGUCGAAGCAGAGAGACUGUCGCAGGUUCACUCUGGUCAGCCAGAGCGUGGAGAUCCUGCGGGUGGAGAAGACUCGCUUUGACAAGCUGGUGGACAACACCACCAUGAAGAAGCUGGAGGCCCUGCAGAAAACCUACCCAAGCGACGACGAGCUGUGCACUGUGUUCCUGGAACACAGCCGCUGGAAAGACUACAAACACAGUGUGAUACAGGACCUGUUCCCCGACCGGGUCGCCCCAAUCAGAAACCCCAAAACCCAGAAGCAGCAGGGCCACAGUGGCCCCAGCCAGGCCCUUCAGCAGACCAGACACGUGGUCAACAGGCUGAAACAGACAAAGCAGAGGGUAGAGCCAAACCAAACAUAAUGAAAUAAAGGAAUAACUGUGUAGAUGAAUGAAUACAUAGACAUGGUUUUAUCAAUAUGCUUCAAGUUUGAGCGUUUGCUGCAUUUUUCAUUAUUUUCAUCCUUAUGGCUCAUGUCUACCUUGCAACUAAAAACUAUUUCACGGCAUUUUAGUUAACAUCAGGCAGAAAUCAAAUUAUCUGCACACCAUAAUACCUUUUCUCAAGAAGAAUGGUUUUGAAGUAUAAUUUCUCAUGAGUGGGUCAUGAGAAAACAUACUUUAAACCCUUCUGCCCCUGCCUCUGCUCUCUGUGAGUAGAAAGCUGAAGGAACUCGGUUGUCACUAGUUAACACAGCCACGGAGUCGAAAUUGGCUAUAUUGUAAAAAAUAUAAAAAUAAAGAAAACAAAAAUGUGUUUUAUUAUCUUAAUGUCAGGUUAGGUUUAGACAUAAGGUUAGCAGUGUGCUUAGGGUUAGGUGUAAAAACAGAUCUUAAGAAGAGAAAUUGUAGAAAUAGACAGAGGGUUUAGACAUACAUGG